UUAUCCAGAUCAUUAGGACAUUGGCAGUCAUUUUUCAUAGGAAAAUACAGAUUUCAAACUUUCCCUUUUAAUGUUUGUCUGUGGGAAGUAUGUAUCUACCCUUAAGUGCAGUAAAACCUCAAAUCAGUUUGGAAGUAAGCAUAAUGUAUAGCAGAACACUUCAGCCUGUACAUAACAGUACACACACUGAAAUGUGCUUACACAUUAAAAUCAAAGCUACAUGGAUAUAAUCUUUAAGUAACUUGCAGGGUCCAGUUAACAGCCGUGGCCUAUGGCAAACUUUCAGUGUUCUUAGCAAGAAAGAAUUUCAGAACAAUGCCGAGUUUUAUUGCUUAAAUUGAGAAUGUUUACCUAAUUGUUCAUCAAAAAGAAAGCUUUCCUUACAUAGGAAUAUUAUAAGCAUAAUUUGAAGGAUUUUAAAGGAGCACAUCUUUAUUAUUAAUUGCUUAUGUUUUUGUCUGAUAUUCUUCCUUUUCCAUAUAUUUUGUAUAAAAGUUACUUCAAAGAUGAAUCAUCUGCUACUUGGUAAUUCAGGAAGAGACAUUAAAUAUGUCACAGUUGAACAGUAUCUGUGGUGUUGAUUUUAAUUUUUUAAAGAAGGAGACUUGUUGGAUUUUGCAAAAUUUUGAAGGUUAGCAAACAGUAGUUGGACUUGUUGGUUCAAAAGUGGUUCCCAUUUUCUGUAUGUUCCAACCCACACUGACAGGUUCACUGAAGUAAUUUCCUUCAAAAGGUCUGCAAAGGAUCAUGGACAUGACAAAAUAUGUAUUGUCACAAAUCAAUUAGACUCUACAACAAGGCAUGCACAAAUUUUUGGGAAGGUCAAGCUCCAAGUUCUGGGGAAGAUCUUUAUGACAUCUAGUCCAUCCUUCUGUGAAAAUUGGGGAUAAAUUCAAUGCUAGAACAGGUAGCUUAGGGCAUCAUUUGUUCAAGUUUUAAGAAUCUCCAGGGAUGGAAAUUUCACAGUCCCUUUAGACAAGCUGUUCUAAUUUCCUUAUGUCCAGCUGGAAUUUCUCAUGUAGCAACAUACAAUGAGUUGCCUCCAUUUCUUUCACUGCAUCUCACAGAAAGGUUGGACUUUAUCUUCUCUGUAACCUUUAGGUAGUGGAAGAUUACUAUUAGAUCACUUCUUAAUUGCCUUAUCUUCAAGUUGAACAAUCUGAGUUCCUUCAAGCGAUCUUCAUAUAUCAGGUGUUGGGGCUCCCUGAUGAUAUUAGUGGCUGAACUCUUUUCUUCUUUUUGACAUUUCUUUUGUAUUAUUGAUAGAAAAAAAGCAAAACUGGACAUAGUAUCCCAGAUGUAGGCUCACCAAUGCCAAGUAGAGGGGAUUAAGCACAUCCUUCAGUCUGCUAGCUAUGCGCAUACUAAUGCACUCCAGUAGGCAUUAUUGCCACAAGGAUGCACUGGUGACUUUGUUCAACUUGCUGCCUACCAGAAUCCCCAAGUCCUUUUUCACAAAGCAGCUAUGCAGUCAGUCAGCCCCAGCCUAUAGGGCUCCAUGAUUCUUCUGUAUUUCAUGAUCCAUCAUAAUCCUGUGUGUGUGACACGUUUUCCUUCAGCUUCAGAAGGUUCCUGAUGACCUGUUCCUCACUUGCUGAGGUUUCUUUAGAUAAUCCAGCUGUACUGGGGGGGGGGGGAGCAGAAUCUGCACAAAUUUAGCCUAUCUUAUUUAUGAGAAAUCUACAACAGCAAUUUCUCAUAGUACUUGGGAUAAUGGAGGACAGCUGUAAAAGAUGGUAGAACUGACAUUGAAAAAGUCUUAGUAGAUGGAUAAGUUUGAUAAGAUGUCCCUUUUGAAUAAUACUUUAGGAUUUUGAAAGGGGAUUUUGUGUAUUGGGAAUUGUAUAGAACACUAGUAGGAGGGUAACUGAAACAAUUAGGACAGAGUGAAAUGGGUAGAAGGGACUGAUGUGUUACCAGAAGUGAAAACGACACUAGACUUUUAGUGGUGAAUAGCACUAAACCAGGAUGGCAGGUUCCAGAGUAGAUGGUUAUCAGAGGCUGUGGUUCCUCAAAUGGUACUGGGAUGAGAAGAUGAGGGGUAGGAGUGCAGAUAAUCAUCGGAGCUGCAGUUUUUGAAGUGAUACAGCAAGAUCCAGCAGGGGUUGAAUUGAUCCUUUGAUCACAAAGUGGAGGAGAAAGUAUUUUUGUGAAGAAAUGGCCUCCAGCAUUGGAAAUGAAAACAGUGUGAAUCCUGUGCUCAGAAUAAGUCAACUUGAUGCUCUUGAACUAAACAAAGCCCUGGAACAACUAGUGUGGUCCCAGUUUACCAGCUGUUUUCAUGGAUUUAAACCAGGGGUGUUGGCUCAUUUUGAACCAGAAGUAAAAGCAUUUUUAUGGCUUAUAUUAUGGAGAUUCACUGUCUAUUCCAAGAAUGCAACUGUGGGACAGGCUAUUCUGAAUAUUCAAUACAAGAAUAACUUAUCUCAGACAGAGAACUACCAACCUCUAAGCAAACACCAGAAGUUAUGGUAUCUUAUUUUCACUGUUGGUGGAAGAUGGUUGGAAGAAAGAUGUUACGAUUUAUUUAGUAAUUGUCAACUGCAAUCUUUCUGCAAAAUUAAGAGUUAUAUUAACUUUGGAGCUGGACUUCUUAAAUUUUGUGGUCUUCUAAAUUUUCUGAUUUUUCUUCAGAAAGGAACAUUUGCAACACUUACAGAACGCAUUCUAGGAAUUAGGUCAGUUUUUUGUAAGCCACAAAGUGUUCGUCAGGUAGGAUUUGAAUACAUGAACAGGGAGCUCUUAUGGCAUGGCUUUGCUGAAUUUCUGAUCUAUCUGCUACCACUUAUUAACAUACAGAAACUAAAACUUAAAAUUUCUUCUUGGUGUUUGCCUAUUGCAGGUCUUUCCAAUAGUGAAAAAACAUUAACAGCUCACUGCAAGGAAUGUUCAAUAUGUGGGGAAUGGCCUACCAUGCCUCAUACCAUAGGCUGUUCGCACGUUUUUUGUUACUACUGUAUUAAAAGUAACUAUUUAUUUGAUAUGUAUUUUACAUGUCCUAAAUGUGGCUCAGAGGUACGUAGUCUUCAGCCACUGAAAUAUAAAAUUGAAAUGACAGAAUUGCAUACCUGAUAUGGGGUUGAUUUGUUUUUAUACUGUACGUGAAAUAUUAUGUUGCAGAGAUUAAUAGAAAAAUUCAGAAAUUAUUGUAAACAGCUUAAAGAUGGUUUUGGAGACUCUGUAAUUACUUGUAACAUAUGUCUUUACUGGUCUUAGUUUUUUACUGAGUAACAGUGCCAACUUGCCUCUCUGAAGGAAAAAAAAAAAAAAGAGUUCAUCGACUCUUCUACUCUCUUGCUACUUGAUCCCAGUUUGGUAUCCCAAUGUUGUCUAGUCAUUACUUGUUAGAUCCACAUUCUGUUACCCUGUCACUUCCUAACUGCAUACUAUAUACUUCCCUCAAAGAUAGAGAAGAUGCCCAGUAAGCUUUUACUCACUUUGUGGAUUCUCUCAAGCUUGUAAAAGCUUUUGCCAUUACCAACUUAGCUAAUAGAUGGAUUUAGUGGGAAAGUCAUCCUUGUCAUGCCUAAGGAAUAAUUUUAAAUUUGAAUAUUUUAAAUUUGAAUUUCCAGUGUGAUGUUCCACUGGAAAAAAUAAAGGUGUAAAAUGAAUCGUCAUCACAGGAGAUUAUUAGUAGUUUUCGUCAUCUUCAGCUACCAUAAUAGGACAUACUCUCUAGCUCAGAAUUGUUCUCUUAUCAACAGACCAUAAGCUUUAAGUGAUCCAUCUGGUAGACAGAUAGAUACUCCAUAGUUAACAUGUGCCUGCAGGAGAUAUAACCACUUCCUGUGCAAAUACAGUGCACCUUCUAGACCUUCACGAGAUGACCGAGCUCAUUUUCUCACUCAGCUAUAUGUUUCUUCAGUCACUUCAGUGACAUAUGUAUGACCACAUCCCACUUCUUCCCCAUAAAGCUGAGGGACGCAGUCCAUCAUCCAUUGGAAUGUGGCAGCUGCCAAAGGUAACCCACAUUCUUCUGAGUCAGAGACACUGGAGAAAACUGUUUCCUCACAAGAUGCUGUCUUCGGGACUUGCCAGUCUUCUUUGAUGUGGUCAAGGUGGGCGCCAAACUUCACUACCACACAGAAAAAAAAUCAAAACACAGCUAUGUGCAUGUAGACAUAUAAAAAAAUAGGUAAUUCUUCCUUUUUUUUUUUUUUUUUUUUUUACUAUUAGUAUUUGCUUUCUCUGGUUUUGCCAUGUUUUCAUUGUCCCCUGUUUUAACACUUCAUCCAUUUAUUCUCUGACCUGGUUUUAUAAGAUAUAUUAUUUUUUCCAAAAUUGCAGUCCUUCUUUAACAGGAAGUCUUACCCAGAAGUGUCUCAUUAACACAAAAAUACAUUGCAUCCUUUUUUGGCUCUUAAAUUCUCAAAAACUUAUACAGUUAAAUUGAGUAAAUAACUUUAUGAUGGCUGUGUUCUUGAUUGGCUAUCAUCAAUAGUCAGUCCCAAAAAUAGUAUGGUAACAACUGAUCCGGUAUCUUUGAUCUACUUUUAUGAAAUAGUUUAUUACAUUCUUCAGUGUCUGAUUAAAACAACCCACCAGCCUAGUUGUUUGAACUUCUUAAAUUCUAGGUUUUGAUCUUUAGAGUGACACACAACGCUUUCAUCUGAUGCAAUUAAAUAUAGUUAGCGGGUUCAUAAGUAUCUUUGGACAGCCCAAAACUUCAUUAAUUCUGCUACUGUUCUGUGAGUCAACAGAGACUUCAGAGCAACUGCUUCCAGAUACUGUGCUGCAAUAUAUUAUUUGCCAUCAAAUGUGUAUAUCAGCCGCCUGCCAAAUUUCUGUUAUGCACAGUUGCCAUUUGAACCAGCACCUGUCUUUAUUAGAAGUAUCAAAAACUGGCAAGUCUUGUUGAAGAAUGUCCCAGAGUCACUUGCUGAUCCUGAAGUGAUUCUGUAUGAAUUGUCCCCCCACAUCACUUAAUAGCUCUUCCCAAAGUAAUGUAAACAGCCCUGACUUUGAUGUGGUCUAAUGUCUCCAGACAGGAUCAUGAGUUUUUCUGCUACCUCUCUUUAACUAUUAAUUAAGAUUUGUACACAUCCAAAAUCCAGUGUUCGUAGUUCAUAAUCAUAGCACACCUUGGUUUCCUGUGGACUCUUCAUUCCUUCUGAAAUCACAGUGUAGUAUUAUGUCAAAAGAGCAUGGAUUUUCUAUAUUGGACUCUGUUAGGUGUCAUGUUCUUAUGUAGGAGUUAACUUAUUUCCUAUUUAGGAAUGUUUCUUUUUCCUGAAUAUUUAAAUAAAGUUAUUUUCCUUUCUCUUUUCACCUCUCUCUGUCCUGCUGUUGGAUUUACCUAAGCUGUAUUAAUUUCCUGAGGUUUGUUUUGUCUCUUGCAGCUUCAUGCAGGCGAAAUCUUAGUAAAAUGUAUAUACUCUGUUUUUCAUCCCUCUUACAGUAUCAGUACUCAACCUGUUUCCAGAAGUUUUAUACCUCUAGCACAGCCAGUAGAAAAUAGCUGUACAAUAUGUUGCACUUGGCUUCCCUGCUCGUCUUCUGGAGGUGCACUUUUGAUACUUAACUUGUGAUAGCUUAUUAUACCAAAGCAUUGACCUACUAUUGUGGUAUUUCAUUGUCAGUGUGUUAGGUUUGUAGCCCAUAGCACUGAUCAAGUUUGUAAAGUCUAUAUCUUAUGGCAUAAAUAAACAGUUUGCAUUACCC